AGGAGGAGGAGGAGGAGGAGGAGGAGAAGGAGGAGGGGGGGAGAGGCAUCGACCGCGACGCCUACUGCGCUGUCGACCGGCUGUCCAAAUUCGAUCGUCUACAGACGUGUCAUAAACCAAAUGCCGCAUCCAGAAUGCGAAACACUUAUUGCUCAAAACUGCAGGGAAGGACUCGGACUCGGCUUGGGGGACUGCAGCGGUGCGCAAAAAAAAAACUUCCGCAUGGUGGAUCACCUCGGCGUCAAGUGUUCGACAACGGAGCCCUUCGAAUCCAUCGCCUGGCGGCAGGAGCGGACGAUCCCGACAGCCCGAGCGUACACAGCCGCGCCCGGCCGCGCACACCCGUGGCCGGGCCCGCGCGUGCAGCGCAGGCGGAGGCCGCGCGGGCUGGGCACGCAUGCGCUGCUGCGGCGAGCGGGCGGCCAGCGCCCGCGCUGCACGAGCCGAUCUAGAAGGGCGCCCACGGGAGGGCCGCGCCUUGGAAUUCCGGCACCGACGCAGUGCGCGGUCGACGCCGCGCCACCCACGUGGACGGAGGGAAAGAACAUGCAAGGACCACGACCAAGAUCGGCUACACGCAAGAGCGACCCUGGGUAAGACUGGCCUCUG